AUGGCGGCUCAAGAUCAGUAUAAUAUGACUGAACUUCUAACCAAAGGCAUUGAAAUACAAGAUGCAAUAUAUGAUGUUUCAGGGGCUACUUUAGAAAGUUGCAUCAAUUUUAUUAAAUCAAUUGACCAAAAAUACAAUGAUGAUAUUAUAAGAACAAUAUAUCAUGCUGCUAAAGUUCGACCAAAUAAGUUUCGAUUACUUGAACAAUUAAUAUCUAUUUACCCAGAUUAUCCAAUUAAUUAUAAUAGAUUUGGACUCUAUCUUCUUAAGAAGAAGAACAUGAACACGUUUGGAUCUAGAACUAUGACACGUACACUUUUCAGGAGAGAAUGUUAUGCAGAUUUAGAUAAAACAGCGGAUCAAAUUGCAGAUAUUUUCGAGGAAGGCAGUGUUCCCUAUGCAUUGAUCAAUGAUGACCAUGAAUUUUUCAUCCAGGAAUCAUCAGAUUUCUCCCUCUCAUCUCAGGCAUAUGAUUAUGAUUUGAAAUCUUAUAAUUUGAUUUCAUUAGCUGCAAUGUUUGGCGCUGAAAAUUGUUUUACUUUCUUAGUACUAAAUGGAGUCACAGUAGACACGUCUUGCAUAUCAUAUAUUAUCCAAGGCGGUAAUCUGAAUUUGGUGGAAAGAUACGUCACAGAUUUCAGUAAUUUCUCAGAAGAUUAUGUUAGAAUAGCAAUAGAAUAUCAUCAAAAUUCUAUUGCUAAAUGGAUUCUCGAAAAUAAACCAGAAAUUAGCGUCUCUCUUGGAUUUUGUGUUAAAGAAAGAAACAUCGAAAUGUUUUAUCAUUUCUUAUCUGAAGGUGGAGAUAUUCAUGAGAGAGAUCAUAUUGAUGGAACAAUAUUUACAAGAUCUUCAUUUUAUGGAAUUUAUUCUAUUGUGGAAUUUCUACUAAAAAAUAAUGCAGAUAUAGAAGAGAAAAAUGAUUUCCAGCAUACAGCUGUAUUUCAAGCUGCAAUCCAAGAUAAUUUAGAUAUAUUUAUGCUUUUAAUUCAACAUGGAGCUAACUACGAAGGAACAGAUAGUGAAGGCAAAACUCCAGUAAAAGUUGCAAUUGAGAAAGGUUCAACCAAAGUUGUUAAAUAUUUGAUGCAAUUAAAGGCAUCUCAAUAA